GCUCGCGGAUUCCCCGCCCCACAAUUCUGGCCAGGGUCCUGGUGCGCACGGACGUGGCUCGAGUUUCCUCGGCUCUGGGCUCCUGCUCGCUUUCCCCUGUCUCGCUCCUCCUUCUCUCCCGGUCUCCCGCUCCAGUUCCACCCGGCCGGCCCCGCACGGCUCCGGGAAGCCAUGGAGGAUGUCACGCUCCAUAUCGUCGAGCGACCGUAUUCCGGAUAUGCAGAUGCCUCUUCCGAAGGCCCGGAGCCGACCCCAGGGGAGGCACCGGCCACUGAGGAGCCGUCGGGGACCGGCUCUGACGAGCUUAUCAAGUCGGACCAGGUAAACGGUGUCCUAGUGCUGAGCCUCCUGGAUAAAAUCAUCGGCGCCGUUGACCAGAUCCAGCUGACCCAAGCCCAGCUGGAGGAGCGACAGGCGGAGAUGGAGGGUGCCGUGCAGAGCAUCCAGGGAGAGCUGAGCAAGCUAGGCAAGGCGCACGCCACCACGAGCAACACAGUGAGCAAGUUGCUGGAGAAGGUGCGCAAGGUCAGCGUCAACGUGAAGACGGUGCGCGGCAGCCUGGAGCGCCAGGCGGGCCAGAUAAAGAAGCUGGAGGUCAACGAGGCGGAGCUGCUGCGGCGCCGCAACUUUAAAGUCAUGAUCUACCAGGAUGAAGUCAAGCUGCCCGCCAAACUGAGCGUGAGCAAGUCGCUGAAAGAGUCGGAGGCGCUGCCGGAGAAGGAGGGUGACGAGCUGGGCGAGGGCGAGCGACCCGAGGAGGACGCCGCGAUCGAGCUGUCGUCGGACGAGGCGGUGGAAGUGGAGGAGGUGAUCGAGGAGUCCCGCGCCGAGCGCAUCAAGCGCAGUGGCCUGCGGCGCGUGGACGACUUCAAGAAGGCCUUCUCCAAGGAGAAGAUGGAGAAGACCAAGGUGCGUACGCGCGAGAACCUGGAGAAGACUCGCCUGAAGACUAAGGAGAACCUGGAGAAGACGCGGCACACGCUGGAGAAGCGCAUGAACAAGCUGGGCACGCGCCUGGUCCCCGUGGAGAGACGCGAGAAGCUGAAGACAUCGCGCGACAAGCUGCGCAAGUCCUUCACGCCCGACCACGUGGUGUACGCGCGCUCCAAGACCGCCGUCUACAAGGUGCCGCCCUUCACCUUUCACGUCAAGAAGAUCCGCGAGGGCGAGGUAGAGGUGCUGAAGGCCACCGAGAUGGUGGAGGUGGGUCCUGAUGACGACGAGGUUGGCGCAGAGCGCGGCGAGGCCACCGAUCUGCUUCGCGGAAGCAGCCCCGACGUGCACACGCUGUUGGAGAUCACCGAAGAGUCAGAUGCAGUCCUAGUGGACAAGAGCGACAGCGACUGAGCAGGACUCUGCCCUGGAGGCCGGUUCCUGACCCUGCCGCUCCCUGACCCCCCACCCCUGCCCACCUCCUUUCUCUUUUCAAACUUUCUAUUUCGCAUUCUCUUCAGCCCCAUGCUGGUUGAGCUUUUUCUAAGCUGAAAACACACCCUGGAAGCGCAUCCCUUCAUAGCACAAGCCUUAGGCCGAGGGGAGGUGGUCUCCCACCAUGGACAGUCUCAAUUUGGACACAGUCUGGGUAGAAAAUAGGAAGAAUGGCCUGGUCUCGGAUGCUUUUUAAACUUAGCUCUCCAGUUAGGCCCCUUUGGGGGAAUCUGCCUCCUACUCGGCCUCUCCACCAUAGCUUCAUACUCAACCGCAGCACUCUCGCUUCCUGGGCCGUUUUACCUUACCCCCAUCCCAGGAGACUCAAGCCAAAAUUUCUGCAAGAGGAAAGAGUGAAUCCUAAAGACACCUCUUGCAGGGACAGCUUUUUAGUGCCAGCUUGCUAUCCCAGCUACCUGGGAGGCUGAGACGGGAGAAUUGAAAACUCAAGGCCUGUCUGGACUAUAGAGUAAGUCAAAGCCAGCCCGCGUAUUUCAGUGAGACCCUAUUUCAAAAUAAGAAGAGAUGGCUGGGGUGAAUCAGUGAUAGAGCCCGUGCUUAGAAGGUGGUGGCAGCAAUCAAGGUGCCAUGAAGAAAGAAUAUGAUUAGGGAGACCUUUGCUCUUAUGGGAGGUAGCCCACUGGAAGACAUGAGGGCCUUUGGGGGAGCCUAAGACAAUAUGGUGAGGUGGAAGCAGAGUGUGCGUAGACCCUGGAUAAAGGUCCCACCGAAGUGAGCAGGAGGCAAGCAGAGCUCGGGAAAGGAUGGUAGGUGUGGGGGGAGGGGACCAUUUACAAGUCUACAAAAUCUGCACGCAGGAGCACAUGAGUAUGGUUUUGGAAAGAAAGGGGAAAAUAGAGGAGAAAGUUGAAAUGGGAUUUUAAAAAAAGGCAUGCCCUGUUUAGCAACACAAAGAAACUGAAGCAAGAAUCCCACUCUGGUAGGGUCUCAGGGCGCAGGAAGGUUUCAGGAACAGGAAGGAGGGCAGUCAGUUCUAGAAGUGUAUUCCAAAGAGAGGUAAGCUGGACUGGAUCCUCUCUUCCAGGGUCUGGGAAUUGCUUUCUGGGAAGCCUAGUUUUCCAAUCCCCAAAAAUCGGGAUUCCAGCAGGGGGCAGCAGCAAGCUGUGGAAAACUAGCAGUUCCGGAGGGAGGUCAUAGGGAGAGAGCAAGGUGCUAAGGGCCAGGCAGGGAGCAGAGAUUCUGAGCGCACUCGGGGAAGCCCACCCCAGCUCCCUCCCAGCAGCUUUUAGUGUGGAUCCUUCCCUAGUGUAAAGCUGCAGAACUUACCAAGACCUCCCUAAGUUCCUUGCCUUUGGGGACACCUUACCUGAAAGUUUGUGGGUAGGGUGCUGCUUCUUGUUGGAGGCUUCAUAUCUGUAAUCAUUGACCAGGCUUUCUCCUGAAGACACAGUGGUCCCGCCUUCCCCUCCCCGUUAAAGGCUAUUCAGGAGCAAAGACAACACCUCCCCCAAAUGAUGGCUAGAGGCUGCUUCCUUCUCCCCAACUGCUUAUCUUCCCUACUCUGCUUUUUAGAAUUGCAGCUAAUUGAUAUCUGGGAUGUGUGUUGCGGGGUGGGGGAUCGAAACCACAGACCUUUUAUACAAUAAGAAGCUUUGCUUUUUUUUUAAUUUUCCUUUUUUUUUCUUGGUUCCUUUCCCUCCUCCAAAUGAUUGAAGACAUGAGCUGAGGGAGGUAGAAUGAGGUCUCUUGGUGCUGGUGGGCUGAAGGGGCCUAAGUUGUGGGCAGAUGCAGUUUCCUGUGGGCUCUGGGGGAGCCCCUCAUGUUGCUGUGUUCUGGUGAGCAGCCGGACCAAUAAACCUGCUUUUCUAAAAGGA